AUGACUGUUCACACUUUCAAUAGUUUUAAAUCAUCACUAGACGUGUUAAAUCCAUUAUAUAUUUACUCGAAAGAACAAGCACAGCAAAGUAUCGAUCACAUGGAAAUCAGCACUUUUGUCCUUCCUUACCAGCCCUUGACCAGGCGUGACCUCUCCCCCGUGGCCUGGCGUGCGAGGCGGCCCAUGGCGGGGGAGGCGAGCAUGCCGGCCGCGACUCUCGCUCUGGUCCUCAUCCUGGGUCUGGCUGCUGCCCGAGGAUGGGGCUUGCGGCUGUCCAGCGUGGAGGUCCCCCCGGUCGUGGCGUCAGGGUCCCGGGUGGUGCUGACGUGCAGCUAUGAACACAGCGAAGAGCUUCCCCAGGCUCUCUACUCCGUCAAGUGGUAUCGAGGCGUAGACCAAUUCUACGAAUACCUUCCCGGUAGAAGUCCAGCCAUGAAGGUGUUCCCUGUGGAGGACAUAGAGGUGGAUGAAACCCACAGCAACCUGACGAGCGUCGUGCUGACGGGCGUGACCAGGGGCUCUUCCGGCACCUACCGCUGCGAAGUCCUCGGCGACAAGCCCUACUUCGAGACCGACGACCACGCCCAGAAUAUGACGGUUGUUGACGUGCCGGCGUGGGGCCCCCACAUCACGGGCGUGUCGCACGGCAUGAGAGUCAACCCCGACGACAUAGUUAACGCCCAGUGCGAGCUUGAUCUGUCUGACCCGCCGGCCGACUUCACCUGGCUCGUCAAUCACAGGGAGCCGCCCUCGCCCUUCCAGGUGUCGCAGGGCAGGCCGACCGGCAAGGACAACCGGCUGGUGCAGAUGUCGGAGCUUAAAAUCCUGCCGUCGAAGUCGUCCUUCGAGCGCGGAGCAAUGACCAUCAGCUGCGAGGUGCGCGUGUCAACUGUGUACCAGAGAACCGUCAACGUCAGCCUCAUCAACGCGAACUGGCCACAGCCCGCGGGGGUCGGGUGGUUCUCUGCAGGGACAUCGGCGCGUCCUUGCCUUGGAGUGAUCCUCGGGCUUCUACUCUUGCGCCUCCUGUGACGGCGUUACGAUGACGAAACCACGGCACAGGAGCGGAGGAUGUCGCCGCUCGUCGAUCCUGAGUGACGACGCUGGUCUCCUCCACAACAGCGCACAAGACCAGCUGCAGACAAUGUACUUGCAUAUACUCUUGUGCUGGUGUCUCUGUCUCUGUAACGUAUAUGUAACGCUCUGUAAACUUACUGUUCGACGCUGCAAUAAGCUGACUGCAUGUUCUUGUUCGUGUGAGGAUGUGGUGACGGUAGAUUCCCCCCACCCCCUCCCCGUGUCGGCGUAAGGGGUAAAGGCGUAUAGGGGUCUCGUGACGGCCACAGCGGCGGUGCCAAUUGGACUUUGUGUACAUAUCAAAUAAUCAACGAAGUGAACAGAGUAUUCUUUCAGUAAGGCAGGAUAGAUCUUUCGUAAACUUAUGUGCAGGCAGACGUAUGUAUACACGCAAUACCUAAAAACGUAUAGGCACAGGUGUAGCUGUGAAGUAUACAUAUCUUUCUUGUCUAUUCUACACUCUCUCUGUAUAUGAUAUGAACUCAUAUGUACACACACACAAACAAACAAACACAGACGCACGCACACAUACAGAUAGAUAGACAGAUAAAUUCAAAGAUACACACAUACACUCAUAAACCUACAAAUAUUCACACACAUACACGCAUAAACCUACAAAUAUUCACACACAUACACGCAUAAACAUACAAAUAUUCACACACACACACGCAUAAACAUACAAAUAUUCACACACAUACGCUAACAUACAAACAAAACCCCUUUGUCCGAACGUCUAACGGAUCGGAUAUCCUUAGUAACAACGUUAGUCCGUCACAGUAGAACGUUCAUAAUUCUUGGAACUUUUGCUUAAUGUAUAUCUUUGUUAAAGUUAUUGUUGGGAUAAUUUCCAUGAAAACUCCCUCAUACGAAAGUCCACAGUAUUUCCCCGUCACUGCACAGAUUUUUUUUCCUUCUCUUCUGCUAUAUCUUUCUUGUUUUAUUUGAUUUAUCUUUUUUCACUUCUUCUGGACCUUGGUAUCCACUUAGCAAUUAUCCAGUCUGCCUUAACCAUAGUUUCCUUCUCCUACUCUCUCUUUCUCUCUCUCUUUAUUUUUUUCUCUUUUGCUCUUUCUUUUUCGUUAUCUGUUGA